UGCCACCCGCUAAGGGUACAGAAACAGUAUCCACCGUGCCCCCCUCCCCUAUUGUUUCCCGGUGUAAUGCUAGCCAUCAAGGGGCGGGCCUGUUACUAAGGACGGGAGAAAAAAGAGACGGCGCGGCAGUGGUGUGUGACUACCACAAACAGGCAGAGUAGCACAGGUGGCGCACUGCUAAUAGGUAACGUUCUUUACAACAAGCUUUGGUCAAAGUCCCUGGAUACCGGCGUUGCCGGGCAGAGUACCGUGCGGCACUUGAAGGUAAGCCGUACUUAUUAUCGCCCCGGCCGGCCGGACGGGCGAGCGACAGCCGGGACGUACAGGUGUUGACAGGUGUGAUGGUCUGAAAGAUGUCGUCAGGUGGGAAAGACGUUCACCUCACGAGCACGACUCAAGCUGAACGCGAGACGUCUUUGACCAGGCGGUUACAGAACUCCUUCUGUGUCUCAAGGGUUCACAAGAAGCAAGUUUGAGUUGCUGCUUGCUAACAUGGACCCCGUGUUGGUAACAUAAGACAGGCACUUUCUAUUGUCGGCAAGGAAUUCCAUUACCUCUCGUUUGAUUCAGCAGCAGGAGGUGAUAUAAACACAUUCAUCCUCCCAACACCAAGACGUCAGUUCUUAGAGAAGUUCUGGUGACUUGUUUGAAGAUUCUCGUUCGCGAAACACAAAUGGUGGUGAUUUUCCUUUUCUGACGACGUGCUGUGUCUGUUUCUUUCCGAACCAAGUUUUAAAUCUGAAAAAUUAGUUUAGUGUCUGUGCACUUCAAAGACUUCCCGAGUGUCUCACAGUUAAACUAGGACGUUAUAUUCAAUUUUAUAAGACCUCGGUACGACUAAACGCGCCAUGCCGCCUCGCCCUCGGACAGCCUCGGCCAACCCUCGGGUCAGACUCUUCCGGCAAAUCCUGGACCAGAUCGCCGGCAUGACGACAGAGACAGACUUCGGGAUCAUGUGCCACAUGUGCCGAGGGUACCUCAGCUCACGGGACCUCCAGUCCGCACAGACACCCGAACUUCUCUUCAGGAUCCUCAAGUCCAAGGGCUUGCUGAGCGAGAAGAACAUGAGUCUACUGGAGGCUCUGUUGAAGAAAUGUAAAAGGGACGAUCUACUGACGAUCUUGUACAAGAAGAAAGAGGAACUGUCAGAACUGACUAUACGGUUACCACCGACAAAACUGCCAGGGUUUGACUUCCGGUUUAGACCUGUGACGGCCCACAGCUACUUGUGCCUUUCCAACCGGAACCGCACGGUGGCGUUUGAAGACAGUGAGGACCACUACAUCAGGAGCCCGAGCGUGUGCGAACGGUUCAACGGUGCGAGUUACUCCGUCUUGGGAGACACCCCCUUCCCAGAGGUCGGAAAACACUACUUCGAGGUAUCAGUGAGGGACAGUAUGUCUUACUCGGUGGGAGUGGCUCUCCGGAUGACCCCCCGCGACGAACACCUGGGGACCAAUGAGCUAUCGUGGUGCUUACGUCACACGCACGUGGACGGCUCUUACGUCACGCUUCAUCAGGGUCGGGAGCACAAGCGACUGUGGAAAGGCGUCUUCCCUGUACGACGUCUCGGCGUGCUCGUCGACUCUGACCGGGGGCUGCUCAUCUUCCAAGACGCAGAACGGAAGGCUCCUCUAGACACCAUGUACAUCCGCUUUGAGCAGGGCUACAUGCAGUACUGGUGCGCCUGCUACCCGGAGAGACUCUACCCAGCGGUGGAACUGUUCCACGGGACCAUCACGGUCCACACCGGCUACUCCGUACCCAAACACCUCUGGAACUUUACCGACACGGACACGAGCGAGGCGUCCACGUGGUGGCGGUGGUACAGGAACCCGUCCAGUAUGCUGAGCGAACCGCCCUACAGUCCCGCAGAUAUCGGCAUGGUCACACCAUCGCCUGAGGGAAGCCGGUAGCACUGACAGAACGAUCCCUCGGAUAGGACGAUAAAUAGAGGUCCCGUGUUUGAGGAGAGCUACACCUCGAGCACGUUAAAGAACGUUGUCAAAGCGAGUAGCUAGGGUCCCUUCCCUAGCCUCUACCAGGCUUGGGGAGGCGGCUGAAAAGAGUAGAAA